GCGCGCAGCCCGUCCCGGCUCUGGAGCAUAAACAAGAGUGGGGACGGGAUGAGGCGGCGGUUGGUCCCCGCGCAGCAAGAGGCGGCGAGCGGGGCUGAGAGCCGGACCGGGAGCAGGUCCUGAGUGUAGCGCGCUCCCGCGGGCCGCCCGAGUUGCGUCGCGCGCGUUCCCGCGAAGGGGGUCCGAGCCCGUCGCGCGCGCGCAGCCAUGAACCUGGCGAGCCAGAGCGGGGAGGCCGGCGCCGGCCAGCUGCUGUUCGCCAACUUCAACCAGGAUAACACGUCCCUAGCUGUUGGUAGUAAGUCCGGGUAUAAGUUUUUCUCCCUUUCUUCUGUGGAUAAGCUGGAACAGAUCUAUGAAUGCACUGACACUGAAGAUGUAUGCAUCGUGGAGAGAUUGUUCUCAAGCAGCUUGGUGGCCAUCGUCAGUCUCAAAGCUCCCAGGAAGCUGAAAGUUUGCCACUUUAAAAAGGGAACCGAGAUUUGCAACUACAGUUACUCCAACACGAUCCUGGCAGUGAAGCUGAAUAGGCAGAGGCUCAUCGUGUGCCUGGAAGAGUCACUCUAUAUACACAACAUCCGGGACAUGAAGGUACUUCAUACCAUCCGAGAGACACCCCCAAACCCUGCAGGCUUGUGUGCACUGUCAAUAAACAAUGACAACUGCUACUUGGCGUAUCCAGGGAGUGCGACCAUUGGAGAGGUGCAGGUCUUCGACACCAUUAACUUGAGAGCUGCAAACAUGAUCCCAGCUCAUGACAGUCCCUUAGCAGCCCUGGCUUUUGAUGCAAGUGGGACCAAGCUUGCCACUGCUUCUGAGAAGGGAACUGUGAUUCGGGUAUUUUCCAUUCCAGAGGGACAAAAGCUGUUCGAGUUCCGGAGAGGAGUGAAGAGGUGUGUGAGCAUCUGCUCCCUGGCCUUCAGCAUGGACGGCAUGUUCCUCUCUGCAUCCAGCAACACAGAAACUGUGCACAUCUUCAAACUCGAGGCCGUGAGGGAAAAACCUCCAGAAGAGCCCACCACCUGGACCGGUUACUUCGGGAAGGUGCUCAUGGCAUCUACUAGCUACCUGCCCUCACAAGUGACAGAAAUGUUCAACCAGGGCAGGGCCUUUGCCACGGUCCGCCUACCAUUCUGUGGCCAUAAAAACAUCUGUUCGUUAACAACAAUUCAGAAGAUCCCUCGGUUGCUGGUAGGAGCAUCAGACGGCUAUUUGUACAUGUACAACCUGGACCCGCAGGAAGGUGGCGAGUGUGCCCUGAUGCGUCAGCACAGGCUUGAUGGCAGUAUGGAGACGACCAGUGAAAUUGUAGACUCUGCAUCUCACGACUGCCCCUUAGUAACACAGACGUAUGGCGCAGCAGCUGCCAAAGGUGCCUAUGUGCCCUCAUCCCCAACAAGACUUGGUAAAGGACAGGACGCCAACUUAGAAGCCUACACAGAUGACCUGGGUGCUGUGGGGGGUGCGUGCCUGGAGGAUGAAGCCAGUGCCCUGCGCCUAGACGAAGACAGUGAACAUCCUCCCAUGAUUCUCCGGACUGACUGAUCCUGACCUGUGAACUCUGGCCCGGAUGCAGAGAACACUGGCCUGGCAGAGGACUUGUGCAUUGCUGCUAUGAACUUUGACCUGAAUUGAGGGAGAGGAUGGCAGAGACUUUGAAACAAAGAGAUCGUAGUUCUAGUCUAUCUAUACUGUUGAAAAUACACUGUUUUCAAUUCAGUGACUUCAGUCCUGCUUAUGAAUUUUAGCUUUUUAUUUCCUCUCAUUACUUUUUAAUUUUUUUCUUUCCUUUUUUUUUUUUUUUUUUUUUUUUGCCAAAGUUAACUGUUUGAAGUCUUGGAGUCUCCUUGCUUUGCAUGUGUGAUGUGCCAAGCCAGCAUAGGAGAGCGAGUGGUCACUCCAUAGCAACCCCCAGUCAUCGGGUCUCACGGCAGGGCACAGAUGAAGAAGGCUCCAUGUGCAGUGAUUGUAGGGACAGGGCCGUCAGCCCUCUGAGACCAGCCAGGGAGUCAGUGGGCAGUAGCCUGUGGGAGCCCUCUUGUCCUACAGCCCCUCCUGGACCACUUUCCCUCCAUUUAUUCCACUGUUUCCAGAUUGGAUCCUUCUGGGACUAGCUUCCCCAUGGGGGCUUGUCGUUUGCGGUCUUUGCUCUCCAUGGGGAUCUUGAGAGAGAGAAGCCGUUUCUGUUCUGUGCCUUCUCUUCUGGCAGGUGAACUUGGCAGUGUGCCAGAGCCAAGGAAGGCAAUCUUGUCUGUGUCAUUAAAUGCUCUGUCUGUCUCCUACUGUCCCCAUCCAAUAACUGUGACUUGGGGUUUUUUGUUUUGUUUUGUUUUUAAAGGAGAGUCUGUAGCUACUCCCAUGCCCAAGAAAGCAGAGUGUAAGAUGCUAUGUCAGACAUCAGUCAGGGGACUGGAGCUGGAGUGUCUGCCACAGGCCCCUCUCCCUUCCUCAGAGUUAGUGGGGACGGGUAGAGAGGCCCCAGGGAGACAGGCUCCCUCCCCCGGGGUGAUGUGCCUUUUCUAUAUAGGUCUUUAAGUGCAAGGAAGUGAUGUCAGAUUUCAGGGCUGCCCUCACUUCUGUUUGCCUUUGACUUUUUGGUGGCUUGGGGAGAAGUACAGAUUCACAUUAUAGCCCAGGCUGCCCUGGAACUCACUAACUAUAUAUGGUCCAUGCUGGCCUCAAACUUAGAGCAGUCUCCUUGCCUCAAGUUCCUGAGAGCUUGGAUUACAGCUAUGCCUGUCUCCUUUCUCAGCUCUACAGAAUGAAGAGUUCAGGUCCUCAGAAGAUCUGCAUUCUAAACACAGAUCCUAGCAGUGGGGUUUUGAAGGUAGAGUGCCAGUGGCUAGUCAGACCUGCUUGUGUCCCCCUCUCUUGCUGCUCCCAGGGUGGCUGAUGGAAUGGGUGGGGCAUGAGGGUGCCCACAGCUAGAUCUGGCUGCUGGCUGUACCUGUGCCCUGGAGUAUCUGAGUAGCCAACUAUGUACAUUUUAUAAGGCAGGGGUGAAGAUGGGGGUGCUGAACUUUAAACUGUGACUAUCAUGGACCCUAAGAACACGGGACCCCAGCCCUGUGAUCUGGCACAGUGGGUGCUUCUGGGAAAAUAGAGCAGGUCUUCGCAGGACCAGGCACAGCCAGGGAGACACUGACCAGAAGAGCCGGGGAGUGCACAGGGUUGACUGGGAGCUGGGGUUUCCUGGAACCAAAGAGUGAAUGUCUGGAUUAAUGUGUGAGUUGUGUGCUGAACCUGAACACUGUAUGAGUUUGGGGCUCAGUUCCAGUGGCUGUGGUUUCUUCUCUUGAAAGUUAGUGUUCCAAAACUAGGUUGGAAUUCGUUUCUCCCUUUUGGCUCAGUUUCCUCACUUGAAGAUUUGGUCAGAAAAGUGUCCAGGGCUCUCUGCCCUCACUCAGUGGUCUCACAGGCUGGACAGACUCAGUCUCUGCUGGCCUCUGCACGCCUGAGGCAGAGUGUGGAGGGAGCCAAUUAAGGGACCGAAUCAAUAGAAUUCACACUGAGUGGUUACUGGUCCCCAGGCCUCACACUAAUGGUCAUUUUUUAAUUUUCCAAAGUUAAGAGAAAAUUUUGGAAUCAGGUACACCUGUAAUCCCAGCAGUCAGGAGAGGGAGGCAGGAGGAUUGCUGUGGGUUUGAGGCCAGCCUAGACUGUAUAGUUCUGGGUGAGCCUGGCCCGCAGAUUGAGAACCUGUCUCAAAAACCCAAAUGAUGAUGACUUAAAAAAAAUGGGGAAUGAGAGUUUAAAACUCCCCAAAUUUCUAAGAUUUGUGUGGACUGGGACCAAAGCUUUUGUAUUUUCUAAAACAAAGCAAAAGUUGGAGUCCCUUGCCCUGCCUACACUAAUGGUGUGUGCUAGGGGCAGGUCUUGGAGACUUCAGGCUGGAAUGUACAAGAAGAACCCUACCUCACAGGGCUGUUGUGAGGUGUGUUGAGUGGAGCCCAGCACUGGGCCUGGCCAGCAAUGGACUCCAAUAAACACUAAAACUGAAA